AUGGCAUCACCGCCCGGGCCGCGACGUUCCACACGAACCUCAGCCUUCCAAACACCUUCCAGCACCGAUCAAACAAUGUCAUCCACAGUCCUUCCCACUGAAUCAAACAACGUCGACCACCCCAGCGGCGGUCCCUCACGAGAUCCGAAGAUGAAGACCCUUAAAUCUAGAAGUGCCCGGUCGAGAGCCGUCCAAAUAGUUCGUCACAAACGCAAGCUCAGAGAGUUCUGGCCCAAUGGAGAUUGGUAUCCUAGCAAGCAUAAGCCCAAGAACCCUGAUUGCCAUCACAUACUAUCCGGCAUGUACAAUGUCGUGCGAAGAUGGGUUAUGCUAGGCCGCAAUGUCGAUGACCUUUGGGCAGAAAACGGUCUCAUGGAACAAUCUAUCAACCUGACUGGUAAGAAGAUUUUCGGCCAAAUAUCGAUCUCAAGAGCGAGAGAACUCUUGGGGGUGAUUGAACGCGACAUGGCGCAAAAAGAAGAGGGCAGGGACUUUCUACCCCCUCUCGAGAAAAAACGUGCCACAACCAGAUCUCAAUCUCAGGUGGACUCCUCCAACAUUCCUGCUCUUGAUGCACCCUCCAAUACGCCCGAGCAUGAUAUCGACGACGCAUCAGAAUCCUCUUUCGGGUUUGACAUCACUUUGUGGGCUAACGGAAGUAUUGGGGGCAUCUUGCCACCUCGCGAUCCCGCAACAAACAAAUCACCACCUGCCAAUUCGCCCAAGGGAACCAGUCAUGAGCACAGUAGCUCACCUAUCUGCGGCACUCCUUCUCAACCCCGCGGUCUUGGAACUUCGACGGUCGACGUCCUCCGUCAGGGAGGAAUGCUCUGGAGCAACCAUAUCUGGGAUUGUGUUCAAAGCCUCACUCUUCCUCCAGGUUGGAAGGUUUUUGAUCCGGGCUUCCCCUUCUCCAACGAAAACCACAUUGGUAACAGGGACCGUAUCAUGACGAGUCCACGACAUCUGGUCUUCUUCUGCCACGCGGAAGGUCAUUGGUCGCUUUGCUAUGUUGACACUCAAGGCGACGAGAUAUGCCACUACAACUCAUCCCAGAGCAUUUCGAUGCCUCUCGAUAGUCUUCAGACUUGGCUAAACGCAAACAAGAUUGGGUUUGACAUGAAGAUCACCGAGAAGAAAUGCCCCCAGCAAAAGGACAGUCAAAGCUGUGGUCUUUAUGCACUCGUUUUUCUCAGGACUCUACUCGAAGAAAAGGAAAUGCCACUGGAAGUCGACCUUGGCCUAGAGCGGUCCUACUUUUCUGAAAUGGUUGACGCGCAUCGGUCGAAAAGGGACUCUACGCAAACUGAGAGCUCACCAAUUCAGGCACCUGCUCCUAACGCACUCGAUUCUUCAACAUCUGGACGGGUCGAGCACGAACUUUCUCCUGAUGAAGAACCCGGUCCAGCGAUGACUCUGGACUCUCCCGAGCCCGAAGGGCCCCCUCAUCCGUCAACCUCCCGGCCUUGGCCAAUUCCCAGGCCCCAAUUUGUUUCUCCGUCGCCUUCUCCAUCACCCCCAAGCACAACUGCACGGUCUUCGCCUGGUCUUGACCUUGACACCAGUAUCACCUUCCAGGAAGCCAUGCGGGAUUUGAACAAUCAUCUCACCAAGUAUCAAGAUUUCAAAGGAGAAGUUAGACGAAUGGAGGCAACGAAGGCAGCAAAAGAUGAGGAAUUGACACAUGCAAAGACAGACCUCGAGCUUCGACGAGGUGAGCUAGAGUUGAAAAGGCAACAGGUAGAAGACAUGGAGAAUGCCACUAUGGAUCUUGACUCACUUGAGGAGUCUGACCUCCAAGUUCGCCAGUGGAUUAACGCUCACCCUCCAUUGGCGAAUGAAUCUUGGCGAGCUGUGAUGGAGGGGAUUGUGGCAGUUGCUGACGCCAGGCGUGCCAAUGCGUUCGCGGAGGACACCGAACGCAUCUCCCAACUGGACGAGCUGCACAAAUCUCUGUAUGCUACACAUACCGAAGUGGAGAGUCUUGAGGAAGAAGUCACGGCUCGCGAGCUUUCUCUGCGAGAGCUGGAGAUCGAGCUCAACGCAAGCAAGGCUGGUCUGGCCCUUUUGAAACGUCAGAGAGCUAAGGCUUUUGAGGACAGCGAUGUCGAUAUGCCCGACAGAGAAGAAUGA